AUGUGUCACGGACAUCCUCGACACCAUCCCUGCGCCCACACAUCCAUCAACUGGCACUACUGUCCGUCGGCGCUCAUCGAUCUCGAGACGGGUUAUGAGACGCCGUGCAGCAACAUAUCGUUCGCGGCAGCCCAGCCCACGACGUCCGACUGCCCGCUCCAGAACUGCCAGUUCAAGAGCAAAGGCGGGAGCUGGACGUGCUGCUCGUGCCAGCAGGGCCCAAACACUCAAGGAUGGUGCACGAUGCCCAUGAGCAGAAUGACCAUGAACCCUGAAUCCUUUUCUGUUGAGUCAGUUGAGACAACUUGUGAUCACGGCUGUUGCAGCAAGUGUGUUCAAUACGGCUCGAGCCGUGAUGCUUCGCCUGAGAUGACCUUUUCUGAAAUCCGCAAGGGGUCAGCGUCGCGCAAGUUCGGGUACAGCAGCGCCACCAAAUCUCAUCGUCGCGGAUCAGCCUUUUCGCUUCCUGCGUCCGGGGAAGAGUCUACUCCGUCGCCGUCGACGUCAAAGUCGAGUUCCGCAAGCUCGGGAUAUAAGGUUGGGAUGGAGUACACGUCGAGCAAGGCCAAGUCCAGCAAGAAGAGACACAAGAGUAAGCGAUGAGUGG